AUGUCACCUAAGAAAAGUAUUCUUGUUAUACCAAGCAGAGUUAUUAGUAGACCAGAUAAUCUAGAAGGUGGGGAAGAAACGGAAAUCACUGCUCAGAUAUCUGUUCCACAAGAAGGUGGAUGGGGAUGGGUUGUUGUAGCUGCAUCUUUUAUGAGUAUUUUUAUACUUGAUGGGGUAUCAUUUACAUUUGGAAGCUUUCUUAAAGACAUGAGUGACGAUUUAAAUGUAACAGAAUCUUUAGUUGCGCUUCUAAAUUCUAUAGCAGUUGCUUUGUAUUUUAUCGCUGGUCCAUUGGCUUCAGCUUACAUUAAUCGUUUUGGAUUUAGAGCAUGUGUAAUGUCGGGAUCAGUUAUUUGCUGCUUUUCUCUCUUUGCAUCGUAUUUUACGACUGAUUACGUAACACUAUGUCUGUUCUAUGGUGCAAUAGCUGGAUGUGGUUAUUGCAUGAUUAAUUUAUCUUCAGGAUUAAUUGUAGGUUUUUAUUUCGAAAAACUUCGACCAAUUGCCAUGGCAAUAGCAACGGCUGGAUCCAGUAUUGGCGUUAUGUCAAUGUUUCCUUUAAAUACAUAUUUAAUUAAUUUAUCUGGAUGGCGUAAUACAACAUUGUUUCAUUCUGGUCUAUUUGGGUUAGUUUAUUUUAUUGGUAUGACAUUCCGCCCAUUACUUUCCUUAACCGUCAUUAAAACUACGGAUGACCCAACUCGCACUGUUACCUACUUGCCAAAUUUAUCUGCUGCAGGCCUUCGCUUGACUGCUUCAAGUACUAAACAGGAUAAUUUAGUACCAACGACUACGGAACGUCUUUUUAGUGCUGUUUCAAAUUAUAAUUUUCCAACUGCAGCUGCUAUAGUUGAGGAAGGUUCAACUUCGGGUGCUCAACCAGGUCCUUCUACUGCAGCAAUGUCGAAACUUACUUUAAUGGCUAAUGGUCCUCAAAGCGGUAUAAAUCGUCAACAGCUAAAACAAAUACAAGAUAUGAUAUCUAAAAGUAAUGUAAUUGACCAAUAUCAUGGUAACGUAAAUGUUUCUGAGAAUACAGUAUCACCAAAAAAGAGAAACUUCUGGGGACGUUUAUUUCAUUGGGAAGAGCAUAUACCAGAAUCUCGCCCUAUGUAUCGGGAUGAUGCAUUUUAUGACGGCAAGCUAGAAAAAUUACCUGCAUAUCAAAAAAGUAUGAUGGAAACUGCAACAGACCCAAAAACUGGGUUAGAAUACCAAUUAGCUGUAUCAAGAGCAGCAACAACAGCUGAUAUGCAAGAGAAGCGAGGUGUUUUUACAACCGCAGCAAGAAGGGUUUUGGCGACUAUGAUGGAUCCUAAUUUAUUAAAACAAAAAUCAUUUUUGUUACUUUGUUCAUCUGCGUUUUUAAUAUACUUAGGUUUUCUAGUACCUUAUGUUUUUAUACAAAAUCGCAACCUAGAUGCUGGUGUAGAUCCAUAUCAUUGCACGUUAUUUGUAAGUGCAAUUGGAUUUUCAAAUGCAAUAGGUAGAAUUGUAAUUGGUGCAAUGGCUUGUAAAAUAGAUCCUUUGCUUAUAUAUGCAGGAACAUGUAUAGUAGCAGGUUUAAGUACAAUGGCAUCAGACUUAUCAUACAAUUUAUACUAUCAAUAUUUUUACUGCACUGUGUUUGGUUUUUGUGUUUCUAGUAUUGCUUGUCUUAGAAGUAUGGUAUUAGUAUCACUCUAUGGACUAGAAAAGCUCACUAAUGCUACUGGGAUGAUUUUAUUAUUCCAUGGUUUAGGAAGUUUAGUGAGCACGCCUGUUGCAAGCGUAAUUAAAAAUAAAUAUGGAUACCCUAUAGCUUUUUAUGCUGCUGGUUUUUUUAUAGCUUUGGGAGGAUUUGUUUUAUUACCUAUUAAAUGUAUACUAACAAAAAAGAGUAAAUCAAUAGAUAAUCGAAAGCAAACGGAUAAUAAAUGA